AAGAAGAGGAAGGCACCGAGGCGCUCGCAAUACGUGGCCGUCACCUACGUGCCGCCGACGUCCAACGAAUGCGAGCGCUUUUUUUCGGCGGCGAAGCUGGUGCUCACAGACGUGCGGAAGAGUCUCUCCCCCACCAUGCUCGAGAUGCUGAUGUGUCUGCAGUACAACCGCGACUUGUGGGACGUCAACACGGUGGAGCAGGUU